AUGGCAGUUCGAGCACAGUUUGAGAACUCUAACGAAGUCGGUGUCUUCGCAAAUCUCACCAACAGCUACUGUCUGGUCGCCAUAGGCGCAUCAGAAAACUUCUAUUCCAUUUUCGAAUCCGAACUUGCAGACCUCAUCCCAAUCGCACACUGCACUAUUGCCGGCACAAGAAUUGUUGGCCGUCUAACCGCAGGCAAUAAGAAUGGCCUCCUCGUCCCUACAUCUACCACAGAUCAAGAAUUACAACAUCUGCGGAAUACAUUACCUGAUACUGUCAAAAUAGAACGAGUUGAGGAAAGACUGUCGGCCUUGGGGAAUGUUGUCAUUGCCAACGAUCAUGUUGCCCUGGUCCACCCUGACCUUGAACGCGAGACCGAGGAAAUAAUUGCAGACGCCCUUGGUGUCGAAGUCUUCAGACAAACUAUUGCCGGAAACGUCCUAACAGGUUCCUACAUGUCCCUCUCCAAUCACGGUGGAAUCGUACACCCCAAGACAAGUAUUCAGGAUCAAGACGAACUCAGCUCUCUGCUUCAAGUACCUCUGGUUGCUGGAAGUGUCAACCGUGGCAGCCCAGUCGUUGGUGCAGGCAUGGUUGUCAAUGACUGGCUUGCAGUUACUGGCAUGGAUACAACAGCGACAGAACUCAGCGUGAUCGAAAGUGUGUUCAGAUUGGGUGAAGGUGGCCCCGGCGGUCUGGACGCUCGAAUGAAUGCCAACAAGGAGAGCAUUGUGGAGAGCUUCUACUAA